GUAGGCAUUGAUCUUCGUCGACGAGAUUGUGGUGUCACAGCUCCUGGUGCACUCAGUGUAGAUCGUCUUGCACUUCGAAACAAUCGCACGAACUUAUUCGAAUGUGUUCUAAUGUCUGUCAUAAAGUACUGUAAUUGUCAUCCAUUGCUCAGCGAAUUUCUGCUUGCUGACAUGUCAUCAAUGGGGCAAUUGAACAAAUCGAUUUUUGAAGCUGUUUGCAGUGCUCCAAUCAAUGUUAUGAUCAGUAACGAUAAGCAAAAUAUCAGUGAGAAAUAG